GUAAGCGGUUGGGCGCGCACGCGCUGGCGGCGGCGGUGGCGCGGCGCGUGCGACAUCAAGCGAUCGCCGACACCAACGCCGACACCGACUCGGACGCCGACGCCGACCCGGAGUGCGCCGGCGAGCGCCGCGCUCAGUGCCGCUGCGCCGCGCCGCCGCACCGCUCGCAUAAUGCUCAACAUGAAACUGAAGGAGCGGCUCGCGCUCGCGAUCAGCGCCUUACUCGUACUCUUCACGCUAAUGCUCGUGGUCGAUAUCCAGAUGGACUAUGGCAUCUCCGGACACAGAGUCCCCCUGCACGGACGAGUCCGGGUAGGGGACGAUCAGGAUAAAGGAAGAUCCGCGUAUAUAGAAUUCAGAAAAAGAUUCCUACAGAAAAGUAAUGGAAGCAACGGCUCACGAGAGUUUGAGCAGUCCGCACCGAGUGAGACCAGCGGCGGCGGUGAGGCAGAACCGCGCACUCCUGCGCCUCCAGUCGAUCACUACGAAGACCUGGUUAAGAUCAUCAAUUCCCAGCUCACAGGGCACAAUGAGGACCACCCUGUGGUAGUGCCCCCCCACCAUGACCUUAAUGUCCUAAGGCCAGAGAACCCUACUAUAGGCGAAAUGGAGGAUCUUGAACCGAGUGUGAACGCGUCCAACUUGGAGAAGUUCCAGCUGCGGAUAGCCCAGCACGAGCUGUACGAGGACGGGGAGGCGCUCGUCGAUGCCGUGCUCAAGGACAUGGCCACGUUGCCCAUACUGCACGCAGAACAAAAAGAAGGUGGGACACAGCUGAAGUUGAUCAUAGACUAUCCAAACGGUAUACAAGCCCUCUUUAAACCAAUGAGGUUCGCCCGAGACGUCCAGACUCUACCGAAUCAUUUCUACUUUUCUGAUUACGAGCGACAUAACGCGGAGAUUGCGGCGUUCCAUUUGGACAGGAUACUAGGGUUCCGUCGCGCAAUGCCAGUCAUAGGUCGAGUUCUAAACAUGACAACAGAGAUCUAUGACGUCACCGAGGGCGACAUCUUGCGAACGUUUUUCGUGUCGCCGGCGAACAAUUUCUGCUUCCACGGCAAGUGCUCGUAUUACUGCGAUACUGGGCAUGCGAUUUGCGGCAACCCUGACAUGUUAGAGGGGAGUUUCGCUGCCUUCUUACCGUCUCCAGAUUUAGCUGAACGAAAGGUAUGGCGACAUCCAUGGAGGAGAUCGUACCACAAGAGACGAAAAGCUCAAUGGGAACUACAGUCUGACUAUUGUGAUACGGUCCGCAGUACGCCACCCUACGACUCGGGUCGACGUUUACUUGAUCUGAUGGACAUGUCAAUCUUUGACUUCUUAACCGGCAACAUGGACAGACAUCACUACGAAACAUUCAAGAUGUUCGGUAACGACACAUUCACGUUGCACCUGGACCAGGGCCGCGCAUUCGGGAAGGCGUUUCACGACGAGCUCAGCAUCCUGGCGCCGCUACUGCAAUGCUGCAUCGUACGGCACACCACGCUCGCUGCACUGCUCAAGUUUCACAAUGGAGAUCCACUUUCGAAAGUUCUCCGCGAGUCAAUGAACGCAGACCCUGUCUCUCCUAUUCUAUGGGAGCCGCACCUCGCGGCAGUCGACAGGAGAAUCGGGCUUAUAUUAGAUGCAAUCAGAAAAUGUAUCGAAAAAUCCGAAAACCCUUUACAGGAUGAAGUGAACGAUUUUGUAUGACAAGUGCCACUAGUGUGUCGGACUAUGUGUAUAGAAACUCUUACAAAAUGUCACUUAAAGUGAUUAUAAAAUGUGAUAUGUGGUACUAUUGUGGUAAAUAAUGGUCAGUGACAAUGACUGAUGACUGUGAAGGACUUACUAGUCGGACUCUCUCGUGUAUUGUGACUUAAGAUAAUCCUAGUACGUAAGUGAAUUUGUAAUCAAUGCAAAUAUUGACUUAUAGUCUUUGGUCCUAAAAGACUACUUGUUAGGGUUAAAGUUUUAGUGCCAAAGAUUGUCCAAAUGAUUACGUGAGAUGUUCAGCAUAAUUUUAUUACCAUUCCAUUUGAAGCGUUUUUUAAAUAAGCCAUUUUAAUCAUGCCAAAUAUAGAGAAAGAAAUUUAUAUUUACGAUACUUUUUGUACAAAUUGACAAUUUCUAAAUUGAAUUAGGUAUAAUCAGUAUUGGAGGACUGAGAAUUAGGAUAUGUCCUAUUUUUAUUAUAUACAUACAUAAGUCUGAUGAGGCGAACGUACGAAUAUAGGAAGUGCAAACACAUCUGUACAUAAUUUUUGUGAAAUGCAAUUAUUUUAAGAUCUUAUUUUAAUUUAUAAUCAUUUUAAAUUCUCACAUAAUUGUAGGCACAUUUCAUCAGCUGUUAGUACAAUGUA